AUGUUUUCUUGCCUACAGUUAAUCAAUAUCGUUUGUCAGGAUUUCCGAUCCGCGCACUCUUUACUAUCAUAUUUAAUAUCAGAAAUUAAACAGCUAACAAAGAUUGAAGCUAGAGCACUACGUGCUGUCCGUAUCGCUUUCGUCAUCCUAGCCUGUUUAUUUUAUUUGUUGAUAGAAUGCAAUAUUAGCAAUAGCCUAACGUUGACAGCAUUUACACACUUGUUGAUAUUCGACUUAUUAUCCGUUAUUGUCGCACUAACAAGUUUUUGGACUGACAGAAAAAAAGCCUCUGUUGAAUCCUAUAGUUUGGGGUAUGAAAGAUUUGAAGUAGUUGCGGUUUUCGCUUCUACCAUUUUGGCUAUUCUCUUAUCGUUUUUUGAAAUAAAAGAGGCUGUCGAACGAAUAUUUGAACCUACAGAGAUCUCUUCAAAUCAUAUGCUUACGCCUUGUUUAAUAGCAUUUGGUGUUCAUCUUCUUUCUGUUUAUGGAAUUGAUAAUAUGGCUUUUGCACAUGUUAUUCAAGCGUGUGGAUCAAGUUGGUUACAAGAGCAUACGACUGAUAUAAGUCGGACAAUCUGUCGAAUUAUUCCUGGGUUAUCACGUAUUCUUUUACCACGAGUUAAUCCAAUCUCACUGAUCGGUGUAAGCACAACUACGACAGUUUGCGUUGUUUAUCUUAUCUUGAUCAAUAUGUCACAGAAGUCACAAUAUAUAAACUUCCCAGAUCCUUUGCCUGAUACUUUGGGUGGAAUAAUAAUUUCCCUUAUGCUCUUUGGAACAAUGAUGCCUAUGAUGUUAUACAGGUGA